AUGCUGACCGCAAAUGUCCUACCUCGUGUGAACGCCCUUUAUGGAAAAGAAAAGGGCAAUCAUUUUUUAUCUGUUGUCAUCAAGCACUACUCCAACACAUUUCCGAUUAAGAUACCCUGCCGAGUUUGCAAGAGGCAGCGGAACCGCCACCUCCAGAUUUCUAAGAGACGCCGCGCCCGUUGGCCGACGCAGGUCGCGGGCGCGCGCUCGCCCGGGGGCGUGAUCUCCGGGAGACGCCGGAAGCGGGGCGCGCGCCUGCGCUGCGCGUUCCGGGAGGUGCGGCGGUGCAGGCUGCGUCCUGCGCGCUGCGACCUGCGCGCCCCCUCACCGCAGAGUUCCCUCAGAAGGCUGCAGUUGAAACUCCAGCAGAAACCGGGCAAGAUGGAUAUGGACAGAAGAAAGGCUGCUGGCCAGGUGUCUGCCUCCUGCGGUCAGCAGGGGUCUGUGAUUGUGAAGGUGAAGUUGGAAGAGGAUCAUCCCAGGAAUCAGGGUUUCGACCUUCCUGAGAACCAGCCCCCUGCCUGGGAGAUCUUCAGGCAGCAGUUCAGACACUUCUGCUACCAAGAUUCCCGAGGACCCCGUCUUGCCCUGAGUCGGCUACAGGACCUCUGCCAUCAGUGGCUCAGGCCAGAGACAAAUACCAAGGAGCAAAUGCUGGAGCUGGUAGUGCUGGAGCAGUUCCUGUCCACCCUGCCGGAGGAGCUCCAGGCCUGGAUCCAGCAGCAUAAUCCAGAGUGUGGGGAGGAGGCAGUAACCUUGCUGGAGGAUCUGGAAAGAAAGAAAAAUGUUUCUGCCUGUGCUCUGGAACAGAAAGUCCUCGUGCAGACAGUGACCAUUCAGACACCAGAUGAAGAAUCUUCAUAUGCCUGGGUGCAGCCCCCAGAGAUCCAGUUCAAGGGCAAAGGACCUGAGCCCCAACUGGCAAAGGAAAGAGAUGGUGAUGUGAAGACUGAGAACAUGAUCGUGAUGUUAGGUAUGAAGCAGGAACUUUGUGAAGAAACAGAACCACGUAGAGAGGGAUCUGACGGCCCUAAUGAAACUAUGUCUCAGCACACAAAAUACAGAGGAGACAGUGAGUCUAAUGGUAGCUUGGAAAUGCAGGAUGGGGAUGCCAUAGAUGAAACAAUAUAUAAAUGUGGUGAGUGUGGGAAAACCUUCACCUGGCUAAGAGGUCUUCAUAUGCAUAGGAGGAUUCACACUGAGGGAAAACUGUACCCAUGUACAGAAUGUGGAAAGGCCUUCAUUAGACAUGCAGAAAUUACCCAGUAUCAGGGGCUUCACAGCAAGGAAAAGCCCUAUGAAUGUACAGAGUGUGGCAAAGUCUUCAGUCAAAAGACAAGCCUCUUCCAACAUCUUAAAAUCCACACUAGAAAAAAGCCCCAUCAAUGUAGUAAAUGUGGCAGAUGUUUUAGUCGGAGAUCAGUUCUUAUGAAGCAUCAAAGUCUGCACACUGGAGAGAAACCUUUUGAAUGUAUGAACUGUGGGAAAGCUUUCUGCCAUAGUUCAGACCUCAUCAAACAUCAACAGCUUCACAUCAAAGAGAAACCUUAUGAAUGUAGUGAAUGUGGGAAAGCCUUCAGGCAACGUUCACACCUUAUUGAACAUCAGCAAAUUCACAGUGAAGAAAAACCCUAUGAAUGUAAAAUGUGUGGAAAAGCCUUCACUCAGUAUGCAGGACUUAACCAACAUCAGAGAAUCCAUACUGGAGAGAAACCUUUUGAAUGUCCUGUUUGUGGCCGAGCCUUUAGCCGGAGCUCAGAACUCAUAAUACAUCACAGAAUCCACUCAGGGGAAAAACCCUGUGAAUGUGCUGAGUGUGGAAAAACUUUUAGUGUGAGCUCAACGCUGAUCAUACAUCAGAGAAGUCACACUGGGGAGAAGCCCUAUAAAUGUAAUGAAUGUGGUGAAGCCUUCAGUCAAUGCUCAGGCCUUAAUAAGCACAAGUUAGGAGACAAGCAUGGAAACCCUCCUGAGCCAAGAAAAUAUAAAUGUGAUGAAUGUGGAAAGAAAUUUACUCGGUCAACUGGUCUGAGGAACCACAAAAGAAUCCACACUGGGGAUAAGACAUACCAAUGUCCUGAGUGUGGGAAAGCCUUCACGAGAGGAGAGCAUCUUAUAGAACACCAGGGGAUACACAACAAGGUCAAGCUCUAUCAGUGUAAAGUGUGUGGCAAAGCCUUCAGUCAGAAGACAGGUCUUAGUCACCAUCUCAGAAUCCACACAGGAGAGAAACCUUUUGAAUGUUCUGAAUGUGGGCGAGCUUUCUGCUGGAAGUCAGAUCUCAACAAACAUUUGAGAGUCCACUCUGAGGAAAAACCCUACAAAUGCGAAGACUGUGGGAAGGCCUAUAGGCAGAGAGCAACGUUAAUCCAACAUCAGAAAAGCCAUGUUGUGCUAAGCCCUGGAAGUGGGGUGAACAGGGUGAAGGCUGCAGUGGAAGCUCAGCCCUGAUUAAACACCAGAAAACCUACUACAACUGGACACCUUUCCCAGGUGUUUGGUGACAACUUCAAGUAGAACCUAAGAUUUUUGUUUUGUUUUUUUACUGAGAUAAAAUGUUUCUUGAAUGUCAUUAUUUAGAGAACAUCAUAGAUGCCACAUUGAAGAGUUUUUAUAAAGAUUAUAAAUGCUAGAAAAAUUGAGAUUUAGGAAAAUAAGCAUCAACAAGGAAUUUACCUGUGAUUACCUUUAUUAAAUACAAUGAAGUAUCAGCACAAUAAAAAAAUACAAGAGUAGCUGUUUAAAAAUUAUAUUUUUCUACUGAACUCAUGGGCUUUUUGCUUUUAUUUUGUUUUCAAACCAUUUUAAUUUCAAACUAGCUUUAAUUUCUAACUAGCAUAACCUAGUGUUAAAAUUACUUAUUUGACUACCAGUGGAGGAUACUGGAAUGUCUAAGAGCUUGGAAUGUGCGAGGUGAAUUGUUUCUGUUUCUUUCCCACUUUGGCUACCUGACCAAGCCUUUGGCCAGAAGAGAUACAGUGGAUAGGCUGCAGCUCCUUCCCAAUCCCUACCUCGUAAUUUGCAUUUCCCAGUGAAUAAGGGGUAUGCAGUAUUCCAAGUAGUGUGGAGAAUAUAGAGAUUUUGACCGCUAGUAUCUCAAAAUCUAGUGGGGUCAUUGUGUCUAAAGCCCAGGGGAUUGUGAACACAUCUCCCAAUGGAGAUGGACAAAAGGGAAGAGGGAAAAACCACGCCUUUCGUUCCAACAUUUUUCACCCUCCUACAAAUUAUGUUUACACAACUGAAACUUACUUCAGUUUCAGCACUACCUAUGUUCCUCAUUGGCUAAUGAUGUGAGGGACUUCUUUGCUAAAGCUAAUAAGAGUUUUCAAACACUGGAAGAAUAUUUCAUUUUUUUGUGCUAUUCACGAUGUAACAGCUGUAAACAUGACAUACUUUUGAAUUUGAAUUUAAUCUGUAUUAUUAACAUUUUCUCUAACACUUUCUUAAUUUAGACAGCCAACAAAAGAAUAAACAAAGCCUUGAUUUGAAGCAUUUGCCAAUUUCUGUGGUGUAAGUAUCAAUACUCAUAGCAUGGCUGAUUACCUAUAUGAAGUCAUGGAGCUGGGAAGAAAUGUGCAGUAACACAUGAUUAUAUAUUAUUUCUACCAUGUAGAUAAACAUACACAACCUUAAGAGCAGAGAUAAUGGUAAAACGUAGUAAAUUAGGAACUAAUGAGUUCUGAGUAUUUAUUACCUUUUAAUAAUUUAAUUGUAAGUUUUAAUGGCAGUGUUUUUAAAUAUCUUGCAAAAUUCCUGAAAAUUUAAUGAUUGAGAUUUUGUGAGUCCCCUUGGUCAGGCUCCAGUACAGGACUAGACUGAUUUAUGUUUUUGCCUGUAUUUAUGUGUUCCUUUUUAUUGCUGAAUAGUAUUCCAUUGUGUGGAUAAACUACAAUCUGUUCUUCACUGCUAUCAUUUUGUCAUUUCAAUAAUAUAUAAAUUGUUAUAAAUUAUAUAGUAUGUAACCUUUGUGAUUGGCUUUUUCAUUAAUUAUAAUUUGUUAGAAAUUCGUCCAGAUUGUUGGGUAUAUCAAUAGUUCCUUCUUGUUGUAGGCUAGUAUUUCAUAUACUAAAGUUUAUUGAACCAUUCAUCAUCAUUGAAGGACAUCUGGAUUGUUUCCAGUUUUUGGCUAUUAUGAAUAAAGAUGCUAUGAA